GCGAGCGCGGCUAUUGAUUGGCUGAGGCGGGAGCAGGAGGCUCUGCCGGCAGCGGUUACCCAGGGUUUCCGGUGGGAGGCCAGAGCGGGCGAAGCCGUCUGCACGUCGACUGUGAGGACCUGCUCCCAACCUAGCGUUGCACACCACAAUGAAGAACCAAGACAAAAAGAAUGGGGCUGCCAAGCAAUCAGGCAACACUUCCAACCCAAAAAACCACCCGGGGCAAUCGGAAGCAGGACCAGAGGGAGACCAGGGGCGGCCCAGCCAGGCGGCUCCUGCUGUGACAGAAGCUGAAGGCUCCUCCAGCCCGGCUCCUGGGAAGACAGAGGGAGUGCAAGCCAGAACGGCUCAGGCUGGAGCCCUCCGUGAUGUCUCUGAGGAGCUGAGCCGCCAGCUGGAAGACAUCCUGAGUACAUACUGUCUGGACAACAAUCAGGGGGGCCCAGGUGAGGACGGGGCACAGGGUGAGCCUGCUGAACCUGAUGAUGCAGAGAAGUCCCGGACGUAUGCCUCAAGGAAUGGGGAGCCUGAGCCAGAGACCCCAGUAGUCAAUGGUGAGAAGGAGACCUCCAAAGGGGAGCCCGGCACAGAUGAGAUCCGAGCAGGUGAUGAGGUCGGAGACCGAGACCACCGGAGGCCACAGGAAAAGAAGAAAGCCAAGGGCCUGGGGAAGGAGAUCACGUUGCUGAUGCAGACAUUGAACACGCUGAGCACCCCGGAGGAGAAGCUGGCAGCUCUGUGCAAGAAGUAUGCUGAACUGCUGGAGGAGCACCGGAACUCGCAGAAACAGAUGAAACUCUUGCAGAAGAAGCAGAGCCAGUUGGUGCAGGAGAAGGACCACCUGCGGGGUGAGCACAGCAAGGCUGUCCUGGCGCGCAGCAAGCUGGAGAGCCUGUGCCGAGAGCUGCAGCGCCACAACCGCUCCCUCAAGGAAGAAGGUGUGCAGCGGGCCCGGGAGGAGGAGGAGAAACGCAAGGAGGUGACCUCGCACUUCCAGGUGACGUUGAAUGACAUCCAGCUGCAGAUGGAGCAACACAAUGAGCGCAACUCCAAGCUGCGCCAGGAGAACAUGGAGCUGGCUGAGAGACUCAAGAAACUGAUUGAGCAGUAUGAGCUGCGGGAGGAGCAUAUCGACAAAGUCUUCAAACACAAAGACCUGCAGCAGCAGCUGGUGGACGCCAAGCUCCAGCAGGCCCAGGAGAUGCUGAAGGAGGCAGAGGAGAGGCACCAGCGGGAGAAGGAUUUUCUUCUCAAAGAGGCAGUGGAGUCCCAGAGGAUGUGCGAGCUGAUGAAGCAGCAGGAGACCCAUCUGAAGCAGCAGCUUGCCCUUUACACAGAGAAGUUUGAGGAGUUCCAGAACACUCUUUCCAAAAGCAGUGAGGUGUUCACCACAUUCAAACAGGAGAUGGAGAAGAUGACUAAGAAAAUCAAGAAGCUGGAAAAAGAAACUACCAUGUACCGGUCCCGGUGGGAAAGCAGCAACAAGGCCCUGCUGGAGAUGGCUGAGGAGAAAACUCUCCGGGACAAAGAGCUGGAAGGCCUGCAAGUGAAAAUCCAGCGGCUGGAGAAGCUGUGCCGGGCACUGCAGACAGAGCGCAAUGACCUGAACAAGAGGGUACAGGACCUGAGUGCUGGUGGCCAGGGCUUCCUCACUGACAGCGGCCCUGACCAGCGGCCAGAGACUGCCACUGCCUCCAAAGAGCAGGGCGGGGAGGGGCCCAGGGCCCAAGCACCCAGCUCCCCACAGGCCACAGAAGCUCCUUGCUGCCUGGGAGCACCAAGCACAGAAGCAUCAGGCCAAACAGGGCCCCAGGAGCUCACCUCCACUACUGCCUAGGGAACCUAUUUCUGGGGGCACGCUGGGAAGGGAGCAAGCAGCCCAGCCAGGCCUGGCCCAUGCAAGGCUCCCACUGCUAAGCAGUCCAGUGCUGAGGCCCAGGGUCCUGUAACCUGGCUGGCCUCUGACACUGCAGUUCUGGAUUUUAUGGGUCACUUUUUCAUACUUAUGGCAUAUGUGCAAGGCCUCAUACAUUUCUAUUUGUAAGUGUAAAAUGGGCUUGCACUGGAGGCGGGGUGUGUACAGAUCAACUCUGGCUCUUCUGUGAGUUGAAGAGUCUCAAAGAGGAGCUGAUACCUGCUGUUGUCACAGUGAGCUGGCAGGACAAAUGACGUGAGCAUCUUCCUGCCCUACUUGAGACUCAGACCCCUCCUUCCCUGCCCUUCAGGGCUCGUGACAAGUGACACACCAGGCCUUGACUGUGUUUCUCUUGUGAGCGGAGCUUAGGCAGCUCUCCCAGCUCCCCUAGAAGCUCCUUUGCUUCUGUUGACCUGGAAGAGGGGGUCCCCGAGCCGGAGCCCUGGCAGGGCACUCAGAACUGGUGAUGAAACUGCUUUCCUGCUUAGGACAAGGGACCUGGAGAAGGUUUCUGUGUGGGAUGAUAUGCUGGUAGGGAGCCCCUGGGGCCCGCUUCCCCUGCCCCCUGUUAGUGCCAGGACCAGGCCAAUGAUGCUUCUCAGUAGCCUUAUCAUUCACAGGUGCCUCUCUCGCCUGCACAAAUGAUUGACAAGAGAUCAUCCAAAGGAUUCUUUCGGAAGGUGUUUGGUUUUCUUUUUUUAUUUUGCACAUGACAGUGUUUAUAUUGAGGAUCUUCUGGGGUGAGCAGGUGCUUUGGCAGUGGUACCUGGGUGUCUGGCCUCCAGUGCCCACCACUCCUGCUGGCACCUUUGCCAUGUUGGUGCUGAGGUCUCCUAUUUGAUGAAAUCAGAUUGUAUUAAGAGAAAGGAAAGGACCUCUGAUGGCUUUGCCACAGCUUGCCUAGGAAUUUCAAUCCCGGGAGGCCACCACUGAUCCCAUCACCACUGUCUCCAUGUAGCAGUUGCUGCACCCUGACCCAGCUGCUCCCCUUGGCUUUAUGAAUCUCCGCUUUCUGACCACCCAUCACGUGCGGUCCUUGAGGUUUGCCCAGUUUCUGCCUGAGGAGUAGGACUGAGGUAUGUCCUCCUUGACAUCCCACUUGUGUGGGGGAGCCAUCAGCUCUUUCUGGCAGCUAAAGGAUAAGAAUGAGACUUAACAAUUGACUGAACCCCAGAAAGCCACAAAAUGACUGCAGGUAUUUGUGGGUGUUCUUCCUUCACCCAUCCCUGUUCACAUGCUACUCUCUAAGAGUUCUGCUGGUUGAAAACUUUAAAGGGUAUUAGCCACCCUCUGUACAGAGCGGUUUUCUGCAGUAACAAAAUGAGGCUUGGGUCAGGAAGCAGAACUCUGGUGGGCUUGCGGUACAACUUCCAACAGCCAGGGCACAGCUUCGCUGUAGCUGAGGGAGCCGCAGUCCGAGAUAGCAGAAUGGCAGAGUUUAUGCUUCCUCCUAUAUUUCCUUGAAGCUAGUUCAUUGUCUGUAGGGCCUUCAUCUUCCACAGCUAGCCUGCUCUCUCAGCCUUUAACUUCAAUCCCUCAGAUAAGUUGGUUUCUGAAGAAUGUCAUGUUCUCCUGAAUCAUGUUACUGCUCAGACCAGAGAUGGCAAAUGAAUGGCACACAAUUUCCCUGCUGCCCCUGUGGGGGAUACCAAUAAUCUAAGUGUUUCCUGCAGAUCCCUCAUUUGAGGUAUAUCCUUGAAUCUCUAAAUUCCCCCAGCAGCCAGCAUAAGUAUUGAGAUCUAUUUGCCAUCCCUGGCUGAGAUACUCCUCUCCUGUGGAGAAGUGUUUCCUAAGAUCUUCCCUUCUUUAAAAUUCCAGAAUGGUCCCUGGGCAUGCCUUUUUCACUUCUUGUACCAGACUGAGAUACACAAGUGCUGCCAACCCCAUACAGGGUUUGCUGGGCUAUGGAAGCGCAGGGAAGAGGUAGAAGCUUCUGCCUGGCACCUUUAAAAGAGUGGGAAGGCCAGCAGAGGUUCACAUAAUUUGCCUGCCUCACUUCAGCUACCUCUUAAAGCCCAUGGGGAGGAGGUGGGGUGGUGGAGCCCAUUGUGGUGGUACAGGAGGUCACAGCUGCAUGGCAGGCCUCGGGCUUAAGUCUAGCUAUUGUGGGCAAAGUGACCCCAGAUGUGCUUACCAGGUCAAAAGCACAUGCUCCGAGCAGGAUAUGGCCUUCGCUCUCAGCUCUAGCCAUCUCAGUCCCAGGCCAGGCUGUAGAAGGGGAUACCAUUCUUCCUCUUCCUCUCCAUUGACCAAAUGUUAUCAGUCACUACAGCUGCUCUGCUUGUUCUGCUUUCCAAAGUCAGCCCAGAUACCUGGGUGCUUCCCGCACCUGCCAGGAGCCUGGGCAAUAUACAGGGGAGGAGGCCUUCGUGUGAAUGAAGGCCAGUUCCUUCUUUACCAGGGCAGAUCUCAUGCACAUGACCUCAGUUUUAGGACCAAGAUCUGUGUUGGUUUCUUAGAUUGCUAGCUUUUCCUCCAGGGACCAGACCAGGUGAGACAGAGGCCCUUGGCUCUGCUGACAGAGUUGUGUUCAGAACUGUCCAGCUGAGUGCUUCAUGUACCAGAUUCUGAAAGGUCUCGGCAGCACUUUUUUUUUUUUUUAACUUGUUUUCCUUGAGGUUUUUGGACCAUGGGCUGAGCUCAGGCACUUUCUGUAAGAGAAUGUUAUGUCUGAAAAUGGUUAUUUUCCCUCCUCCACCCUCUUCCUGGUGGCCCUGCUUAGGGCUGAUCAAGAGGCCAGUGGAGCUGCCCUGGUGUCUGGGGUGAGGCCUGCUGCGCUGAUUGUACAGCUGCUACUCCAGCCCUCCCACCUUGCACAGCCAGAGGCAGUCACCCCAGGGACAGCCAGGCACCUGCCUGGGGGAGGGGUGCUGCCUUCUGUCCCUGUAACUGCUUCCCUUAUGGCCCAGCCAGGCCACCCAAACUUAUUUGAAGCUGUGCCGGCAGCUUUUUUUGUCUCCUUUUGGUAUUCACAACUGCCAGGGACUUGAUUUUGAUGUAUUUUAAACCACGUUAAAUAAAGAGUCUGUUGCCUUACUUGUUUCUUUCCUGAACUUUGUGGUCAUUUGGUACCUCUGAAUCCACCUGGCGAAAUCUGACUUGUCUGGGUCGGCUGUAG